AUGCCGCACCCGCCCACCUCCUUCGAUCCGACCUCGGCCGACGAACAAGCGCCGCCGCCUCCCUCCGCGCCCCCCGAGCAGCUCUCCCCCCGAGCCGUCCUCCAGCCGCCGCUCUCCCGUCGCGGCGCCGGCCCCGGCCUCAUCCUGCUCCUGCCCGACGAGACGGAGCCCAGCCGGCGCAGGCAGAAGCCGCUGGACCCCGACCCCGUCCAGAAAUGGGCCGAGGAGGGCUUCGCCGUCGUCGCCAUCACCGGCCCGCCCUCGCCCGCCCACGACAUCGCCGACGCAGUCGAGGCCCUGAAGAAGCACGCCGCCGUCGACGCCAAGGACAAGAUCGGCAUCGUGUCGUACGGCCCCCUCCAUCCCCCGGUCCCGGCCCGAAUGCCCCCGGAGAUCGUGUGCGUCGCCGCCUUCGCCGAGCCCGCCCCCUCCCCGUCUCCCGUCCCCACGUACUUUCACGCAUGCGGCGCCCGCGACGGCCGAGAGACGACGGGCACGACGGGCCACGCAUCGGCAUCCGUGUCCUGGUAUCCCAACACGAGGAGGCACUUUGUGCUCCCCGGCUCGGCCGCGUACAGCCCCGCCCCCGCAAGCCUGGCGCAUACCCGCAACCUGGCCUUUCUCAAGAAACACAUCGGCGGGCCCGUGUUCGACAUCGAGGCCGUCUGGGAGGAGCACACGCGCUGGGAGUUUGAGAGGCGGAGCGUGGCCCAGACCAUGGCCACCAUGGUCGUGCGUGCCCGUCGGCUGCCCCUGCCCGUGUCGCCAGCGCGCUAA